AGACAGCCAGGUGAGUCGGUCUGCAGUUUACCUCAAUUCACUUCAUUUACCACAAACACAGGGGCGUACACCUAUCCCAUACACAGCUGAAGCCCUAUACUGCUGCUAUACACGUGUUGUAAGCAUGAGGGUGACGGCUGUUCUGCGCCGCCAGCACCUCGGGAACCAGUUUAUCUACCACUGGAUGAUUCAGGGGAGGAAGAAGAUAAGGGAUGAUGGUGUGAAAGCAGCCCUGAGUAGCAAAGGAAUCAAUAUCGUUGACCCCAAGGAUGUGCUGACCCCUGUUAUCCCGAAGAAAGAGGUGCCAGAACCCCCCCAACUAAAGGACGCCUUCACUCCACCACCUCCUGAGAAGAGAGACACCCCGUGCCAUGUGUUCACCAAGCGGUUCUCACCUAUCAUGGGUCUCAGCCAGGCUCAGCUCAUCACCAACACCCUCGUCCGCACCGCCCUGCCGCGGCACAUCACUGACCGAGCUGAUGCUGCCGAGAACACUCCUGAAAUGGAUGAUCGAGUGAAGGAAGCCAUCUUGCACGCACACCUGCUCGACACACACCAGGAGCGGCUGCCUCGCCUCCCAGACGUUACUAAGCAUCCUGGCUGGGUCUUCCCAAUUGAGUAUGGCAUUCCCCUUCGCAGGAAAAACAAGACCCUCAAUUACCAGCUGCUCCUCCUGCUUGACCAAGUGGAGGGCUGUGGACUGGAGAGGCAGCUUGUAGAGGGCAGCUCCAUGCAAGUCUUGCUUCCACAUGGCAAUCGCUUGAUGCAAAUGAGAUAUGAUGCUGCAUACCUGGUCUCCUCCCCACACCCCCUGCCUGCCGUGGCCAGCCUGGAGGAGGUGCAGGCAGCCUCUGCGAACGAAGAGAUGCCCGAUAUUUACCCCAUGUCUCCCUUCAUCAACUGCAGGGCACGUGACACCUACUCCUUAGAUGAACGCUACGGUGUGGAGUCGCCCAGCCUGCACCCACACACUGUCUUCAUGCACCACAACCAACCACGCAUGCGUCAGGCUCAGGAUGGCUUCAUGGGCAUGUCUCUUCUGUAUGCCUUCUCGCACGCUGCAGCCUAUGCCAAGCUGGUGCAGAAGAACCCAAUUGGAGACCUCAAGGAACCAGUCACAGUGCAGGUGGUCCACAUUCACUGCCAGCACUACCACGUGGGCGUCUUCCAGCUCAACACACUCAGCCUGACGCCCUCCUCUGAGAACCCCACACGGAAUCUCUUCUGGACACAAACUUGGGACUGCCUGUUUGACUCAUGCAAAUUUGAGACAGGCCGGCCAGUGCUUCAAGGUUAUAAUCCCAGGGUAUUUAAUCUCCUAAGGGCCCUCCAUGCUCAGGGAUAAGGGGGGAGAAGAGGAAGAGAGAGUUGUGCGACAUUUUUUGUUUCUAUGCGAGUGUGAGAGCACGAGAGUUGAAGCCUAUUGGUAAAAUGUGGUUCGUACAUGUGUGUGAGUAAAUGUGAAAUGUGUAUAGGCCUAUGCAGUUAUAUUAGAGGGGUUCUUUGUUCUGUAUAUCAAAAGUUACUGAAGAAACCAGAUGCAUUAUAGAACCCCAUGUCUGCUUUUACACUUCCCCUUUCCUAUGACUUGAACUCUCAAUUGGGAGGCUUCAAGACACUUAUCCUACAGUUCUGGUUAAUCCCUUUGGUUUAUUUGCUGAAAGACUGGCAUCUCAAUUGGGGUCUUUUUUUUUUUUUCUACCCUCUUGCCCUAGGCCUGUCUCUCUCACAGAAAAAGAUUUGUAUGUAUAUAGUUACCAGCCCUUUGAUUAUGAGGGAUGCAGUGAGUUGUGUGCAAAGAAAGGCUUAUAUUUCAAGGUGGGUGAAAUUGUACAGAAGAUAUGAAAUAAAUUAAUACUUUAAACCAGA